UCAGCUCUCCUUCAUGCAUUAUCGUCCUUUCCCCCGGUAAUAGACGCUAUUAAAGGUUGAGUUCCCACCAGCCCCCUGGAGGGGUCUCGAUUUACCCCCUAAAGCCUUCCUGCCUCCUCCAGCACCACACAUGCCCUAAGCGGGACUCACCCCCCACCACACCACCUGCUCUCCGUUAACCCCCUCCCCGUCCGUUCCGGAGCUCGCUGGGGAUUGUGGGUAAACAUGGCGGCCGGAGGCAGCAGCAAGGCCUCUGUCGGGGCCCUGGAGGCCACCCUGGACCGCAAGCUGCAGACCGUGACCAACACCAUGGAGUCCAUUCAGAGCCUGUCCUCCUGGUGCAUCGAGAACAAGAAGCACCACACAACCAUCGUGCACUACUGGCUGAAAUGGCUGCGGAGAUCGUCCGUCCCCCAUCGCCUGAACCUCUUCUAUCUAGCGAAUGAUGUCAUACAGAACUGCAAAAGGAAAAAUGCAAUUGUGUAUCGGGAGGCCUUUUCCGAAGCCCUUCCCGAGGCAGCCUCUCUGGUCAGGGACCAGUCCGUGGUGAAAGCUGUAGAGAGAAUCUUUAAGAUAUGGGAGGAGAGGAACGUCUACUCUGAGGACACCAUCGCAUCGUUCAGAUCUGGUUUAAGUGGAGCAUGGGGAAAGCGUGAGAGGAGUGAGAGAAGCCGGAGCUCUCGUGCUCGAGUGGCUGAGAAGGUGCCAGAAGCUGUUGCAACAAACAGCAAAGCUGCGCUGAAGUCCAAGAUUGUGGCUGAAUUUCGGCCCCAAAAACUGAUUGAUGAUUUGUCGACAUUCAAGCGUUCUGUGGAUCACGUUGACCUAAAAGAAAAACAACUUUCUAACAUGAGAGUUGAUGUGUGCAGCACAGAGACAUUGAAACGACUGAAAGAUAAAGCCGGAGGAAAGAAAUUUUCUAAAGACUUUGAAGAAGCCAGCGCGAAACUCGAAGAGUUUGUCAAUAUUCUUGACAAGCAAGUGAAAAACGGACCUUCUUUGACAGACGCUUUGGAGAAUGCUGGCAUAUUUUAUGAAGCCCAAUACAAGGAAGUUAAAAUUGUGGUUAAUGCCUAUAAAACCUUUGCCAAUCGGGUUAAUAAUUUAAAGAAAAAGUUAGACCAGCUGAAAGCUAGCCUUCCAGACCCAGAGGAAUCUCCAAUGCCUUCACCUACAAUGGAUGCUCCAUCUCCAACCGGCUCUGAAUCGCCAUUCCAAGGCAUGGGUGCCGAGAGCCCUUUAUCGCCAGAACCAGAGCCCAUUCCAGCUGUUUCUCCGGAACCUCCUAAGGACAACCGUGUUGUAGAGGACAUGGAGCUGUCGGAUGUGGAUGCAGAUGAAGAAAUGCCCAAUAUUAUUAUUGAAGAAAGAAAAGAGACUCCCACUCAUCCUGCUUCAUCUUCAAAAGCCAUCAAUAACAUCACAGAGGCUUCCAAAACAAUUCCCGACUCUACAAAUACACCUUCAGUGGCCACCCUUGACCCGACUCCCACCUCUGUACCCGUCAGCAGCACAGCGUCUGUUCUGGUGUCAACCGCCACACCUGUUUCAACAUCCCCACCUACAGCUCAAACCGCGCCGGCAAAACCGGUGACCACGCCGACAAUCGCCCCCUCGAUGCCCCUUGGGUUGCCAAACCUGCCCAAUGUAGACCUGGGGAAGAUAAGUUCCAUCCUAAGUAGCUUAACCUCUGUUAUGAAAAAUACAGGUGUUAGCCCUGCAGGCAAGCCUUCUCCUGGCACGCCGACAACGCCUACCACAAAUCUGGGUGGUGGAUUGAAGCCCCCUGCUCAGGGUCAAUCAAACCCGCUGGCAAACAUUCUGUCGAAAGUUGAGAUAACUCCAGAAAGUAUUCUUUCAGUAUUGUCUAAAACACAAGUCACAUCCACGCCAUCCUUGCAAGGCUUUUCUUCAUUUAUUCAAAGCGUCGCUAUGUCGAGUGGAACCGUAACACACAGCACUUCCACAGCACCAGUGAACAGUGGUUUGUCGACCAUGAAAGACAGAACUAUCACAACUUCUGUUACUCCUUCUGUCCCUAAAACCUUUGGUUACUCAACGCCAUCCUCUAACUCAGAAUCCUCCUCCUUGCCUGUCGCAAAAACUCCUGUCAGCCAUGGCUCAAAACCACAGGUUAACACAAUGGCAUUUUCAUCUCAGCCCCCCAUGCCAGCAGAAAAGUCCAUAACCCAAGCGCCGCAAACCUCAAAGUCCAGUGAUGCGACCGAGCCGUCAAGCCUUGAAAUGAAGAUUCAUAAUUUUUUAAAAGGAAAUCCAGGUUUCAGUGGUUUAGAUCUGAAUAUCCCUAUUCUUACCGGCAUAGGUUCCAACACGGUGCCUGAGGCAGCUCCUGAGUUCCACCGCGGCUCCUCUAGCACCUCUCUUGAUAAUGUAGAUGGGACUCCGGUGCGUGAUGAAAGAAGUGGUACGCCUACUCAAGAUGAGAUGAUGGACAAACCUGCUUCAAGCGGUGUUGAUACUGUGUCACUGUUAUCAAAGAUAAUAAGCCCCGACUCUUCUACACCUAGUAGCACAAGGUCGCCUCUUCUCAACAAAGAGAGUGAAUUUCAGAAGCUUGCUAGCAUGCCUGCAUAUAGGUCUUUUGGUAUGGGAGGAAAUUCCCCUAAUGCAUAUAGGCAGCCUGGAGAUAGUAUAGAAAAAGCUUUGCAACUUGAUUCCUCAAUGGGCAAGUUUUAUUCAAACACAGUGUUUCCGGAGGAUGAAGACUAUCGUGACUUUGAGUUUUCCGGUCCACCUCCUUCUGCCAUUGGCAGUCUUGAAAAAAGGCCCUCAAAACCCAUCAUGAAGCCUAAUGUCCAUUUAGAGUCCUCAGAAUAUCAGUCAAUGCCCCCUGGCUUUGGUCAAAACCAAGACUUUGGAAGGCAGCCCUUUCCACAGUCUAUGCAUGGUCCUUUCCAUUCUGGCGAUGGUAGUGGCCCGUUGUCUCCUACCUCUGAACUAUAUGGAAAUCGUAAUCUAAGAAGAGGUAAUCUAGACGUCAAUAAGACGCCCUCCCCAAAGAAAGAGGAGUCAUUUUUCCCUUCCGACAAUCAUAAUUUACCAGUGGCUCGUCCUGUUAUGUCACAGUCUCCAUACACCAACUCUCCCCACGCUCUGCAAAACAGACCUCAUAAUUUUGCACCCAAGAAUAAUCUUCCUUCCAGUUGUGCACCGAUGACAAAUGUAGAACAACCAGGCUCAUCUGUUUCAGCCUCUAGUAUGAUGGAGUUUAAAAACAUGCUUAAAAAUGCAUCUCACAGACCUGAUGAAAACAAGUAUGGCCCAACCAGCUUACAUGAAGAUGUCGGUGGUCCUGGCCAUACUGGGAUGGCUUCUGAUGAGCGAUCGCAUCAAGAAGAACAUUACCGCAUUGAAACAAGAGUUUCGUCAUCUUGUGCCAAUUUAUCAGAUGGCACAGAAGAAAAAGGUGCACCUAUCGAAACUCUGGGGUAUCAUAGUGCUGGUAACGUGAGGUUAUCAGGGGAGCCUAUUAAAACAGUUGAGUCGGUAAGAGUGGGAGUGAAGGGAAACAGAGGUCAUGGGAUAGAUGGAAGUAGAGGGGGUUGGUACGAAAUGGGAACCACAGGUAGCUCGUUUGAUGAUGGUCCUUCAAGUAGUGCUGAUGAUCCACCAUCUAUUAGUGGAGGAUUUAAAACUCAGUAUGAAGACCACUUACCACGAUUUCCGGAUACUGGUGACUUCAGAGGAAAAAAUAUGCCACCUUUUGAACAUCACUUGCCGCCGCCACCCAUGGGUGCACCCAUAGAGCAUGGUGUUGCUUUUCAAAUGGAACGUGCCGGCCCGCCUCCUGGGCCACCACCUCCUGAUCAUGGAAGUCUCUUUGGAAGAGACAUUCCUGUAACUGCACGCAUGUCCUCUGUGGAACCUCCCAAUCCCUUAUCUCAUGUUGCUCACCCUCCACCUGGAGAACACGUGAAUCCAUUUCCAGGUCAUCUUCCUCCAGAACAUGGCAGCAUGCCAUUUUCACCUCCACCACGUCUAGACAUGAGAAGUCCAUUUACGCAGGAUCAUGGCACUGUCCACCAAGGUGCAAUGAAAGAACAUUUUGGAGUGCACCCAGCUUCAAGAGAUCAUGGGCCACCAUCACACGACCACAAUGGUCCACCCCAUGGCAGGGGAAAUGAAGCAAUGGCACCUAAUUCUAGGGACCACCAUGGACUCCAUAGUGGCCCCCCACAUCAUUUUGUUCCAUCUCAUAGAGACAAUAUGAAUCCAGGAGGCUUAAGGCCUCAAAGACAGCAGUUCAGGCCCCGGGAACCAUAUAACAGUUUAAAGAGGCCACGACCACCAUUUGGACGGGGCCCCCAGUUUUUCUCCCCUAAACGUCCUUUUUAUCCUCCGAGGUACUGAGUUACGAUUACAAGAUAAAUGAUCACUUUUGGAACUUUGGCAUUAACCUUUUGUGCUUGUCUCUAAGGGCUGUUUUUAGGGUGCAGAUACUUGUGCUCAAACAAGUAAGAAUAGGGAAAACAUUAGUUAUUUCACCCUUUUUACCCUUAGAGCAAUGCCGUAGGUUAACUACUACUAGAAGCAAAAGAGACUGCUGUGAGGGCCUAAAUGCC